UAAGGAAGAAAAGCAAACAGUAACGAUCGGCGGCCUCCUCCUCCUCUUCCUCCUUCCUCUUCUUCUUCUUCUUCUUCCUUUUAUCGGCUAACGCUUUUUUCCCUUUUUGUCUUUUAUUUUUUAGGGUUUCUUUCUGUUCUUAUUCUUGCAGGUAAAGAGAGAAGCGAAAAGAAAAUAUGGGGAAAUCUUCUUCUUCGCUGAAGAAGAAGCGAUCCAGGAAUCGCUCUCAGUCGCGUACAAUGAAGAAAAGUAAGAGUAAGAGUAAGAGUCGGAGAAAUAAAUCCAAGAAGCUUCAUCAUCGUAACCAUCCUGUUUCAUACUCGGAUGAUAGUGAUUCGAGAAGUUUGGUGUCUGUUUCAUCCUCUAGUUCUGAGGAUGAUUAUGGUAGUCAAAGGUCCCGGUCUCGUACAAGGAAGGAUGUGAAGGGCAGUAAGAAGAGGGUUCGGAGGAGGUCAUUGAGUAGUAGUGAAAGCAGUUUGGAUUCUUUCCGUGGUAGAAAACAAAAGAGGUCAAGGUCUACUAGAGGAGAUGAUAGUUAUGAGAGGAGGAAGAGAACCCACCUAAAGAAGAAGCCUAGAAGAGGUGUGAGUGUGAGCUCAGCCAGUAGUGGGUCAAGGAGUUGCUCAACUUGUCCAACUGUGAGCAGUAAUAGCAAGGAUGAGAGUGAGUUUGCGAGCAGAAGGAGCAAAUCUGGAAGGAAGGAGAAACAAAGAAAAAGGUUAGGGAAGCUUAAAACUGGAACUAAAAAAAGUAGGGACAGAUCAAGGAGUUGUUCUUCCUGCAGUAGAUACAGUGAAUGUAGUGAAUAUCAAAGUGAGGAGAAAGUGGUGGAGCAGAACAAUUUGAGGAGGCUAAGAUCGGUAAUCACUGUUAUUAAUGCAGAAAAGGAAGAGAUAGAGUUGGAAGGUGAUGAGCGUAAAGAGGAGAUUUUAUAUGAUCAUGAUGAUUACCUAUCUAGCAAAAGUAAUGAUAGUAAUGAUGGGGGUAUUAGGAGGGAGUUUUCUCAGCAUUCACAUCUUGCAUCUGAAAAGAAUAAGGAUGUAGAUGGUGAGCAAGGAGAAAAAACUGAUGCUUCUAACUUUAGAGCCGGCAGUGUUGUGGGUAGUGGAAAGGAUGGUAUUUCUAGCUGUGAUUUAGUUGGAAAAAAUGAUGCUAAAGACGAAAGGAAGAGUGAGGCUUCUGUUGCUGUCGGUAAUUCAGAUGGUGAUAAUUUGGAAUCAAUAUUAAGACAACAAGCUCUAGAAAAUCUAAGAAAAUUCCGAGGAGGAAUGCAAACAAAUUUAAACAUUCCAGCUGAUCAGAAAGAUAAUAAAAUUGCUAAUGUGAAUACACCGUCUAAAGAAAAGGCUGAAUCAGUUCGGCUUAAGUCCACUAGAGAAGAUGGUGCUAGAGUUGUGACUGCAAGUCAAGUAUCACCGCAGUUUAGGCUGCCUGCAACAAGAAAAGAUUCUUCUGAUUUGCCACUUGAUGGGAAGACUUUAGACGGGGAUGAUGGUGGCAAAGGAUCUCAUACUGCUGAGCAUGACGUUGCUUCUGCAAGGGACAAGGUGGCUCCCGCUUGUAGCCCUAAAGAAAAGGUCAAUGUAGCUAGUAGCUCUGUUUCUAUUAAGCCAAGACGUUUGAGACGAGAAUUGACUAAUACCACUCUAAAACGAAGUUCUGCUUCACGAGAACAUUCACGAGCCAUGUUGAUACCUAAGAGUGAAGGGAAUGAGAGUGUUGAGAAGCCCCCUCAAUCUGCAGAAUACCAGAGUGAUAAUAAAAAUGGUGAUAAAAUUAAGAAUGUGCAUAAUACUACUAGUGAUGGCCCUUCAUCUUGCCCCGGAUCUUUGUUGGCAGAUGUCAGCUCAGAUAAACCGCGAGAUGGAACUAAGGAGGGCUCACAGUUUGAGCAGAAGACAAUGUCUGUCAUGAGGGGUGGUGAACUAGUAGAGGUAAGUUACAAGGUCUAUAUCCCUAAGAAAGCCCCUGCAUUGGCUAGGAGACAACUCAAGAGGUGACAUUUGAUCAGUGGUGUGGCUAGGUGUGCAACUUCUCUGAUAGCUUGAAAGCUGAGACAGUAAUUGCAUCUACCAAAAUAACAGUAAAUGGUAAAAAAAAAAAAACCUUGCAAGAAAUUGAUUCUUGAUUGACCUGUAUUGUGGCACGUGAUAUGAUGCUUUAAAAGUAGGGGACGGAAGUUUGCCGUGUAUGGGUAACUAUGAGUUCAUAAAAAGGAUAGUGUGCCUGUUGCUGGCAUCUAUUACAAUGACGUUUUUGUUUUAAUGAGUAUUUAAGCUGACCUUCUUAGAAAUUAUUCAGUAUACUCGUUAUUGCUGCUUAACCAUAAUUAGAUUAAUUACAAGAUGAUUUGAAUCUUUGAUUAAAAAAAGGGAGUACGGUCU